GGUACAGUACCUUGUCACAGUCGUAACUGCCCCUCGACAGUGACAACCUGGAGGUCUACUGCCCCUCUUCCAACCACUUAUUUAAACAUCCCUCUCAUCCACACACGACUUGACCACCAUUUCCCAAAUCCGACCCUCACAUCUCUUUCGAGCUCAAUCAUCACCUUCAACGAUCAACAAACCAUCAAAAUGUCUGGCAAAUCCAGCUCGGGCUCCGGCUCAGGAUCCUCCAGCUACACUCCAUACACCGUCACCGGCAGCGGCACCAACAGCCAGGGCAACAGCUACGACACCCGCAGCCAACCAAGUGGUGAUGCCUUCCAUUACUCCAACACCGAUGGAUCUUACUACUACUCCAAUGGCAAUGGCAGCACCUACCAUAACUCUGGUAGCGGAUCAUCCACCUACACUGCGCCCAAUGGAAACUCUUACAAGAAAUGAAGCUGCAUUCCCCCAUUGAAUGCUUGAGAUCGGAUGAAGUGGCCGGAUGAACGACCGACGAACAAGGAGCACUAGAAUUAUUCAAACUCUUGAUUUGCAUACCAGGCUAUCCUGGUUGGCUCAUAUCACAAUGGAAUAAUAUUGGACCACACCG